AUGGCUCACGAUCCCGGCACAGUUCGGCCGCAGCCGCAGCCCUCCAGCUGCGGCGACAUUUCCCCUUCCCCCAAUAUCAACCCUAAAGACAAGGACCCCGAACAUGCAGUCCCUGCACCCCCCAUCGAAGACUACCCGCUCUCCCGCAUCGAACAGGUCUACCGCCGCCUCGACGCCCGCAUCCUCCCCGCCUUCUGGACCCUCUACUUCCUCGCGUCCGCCAUCCGCUCCAACAUCGGCAUCGCGCAGACCAUGAACCGGUCGGACGCCCACGACCUCGCCAGCGUCCUCCAUCUCUCUCCUAGAGACACCUCCACCGCGCUGGCGCUGUUUUAUGUCAGUUACGUCCUAUUCGAUCUGCCGAGUAACCUGGCCAUGUCGGCCCUCAGUCCGAGGGCUUGGAUGGCGCGGAUCGUGAUUGCGGUCGGCGUGGUGGGGACGUGCUUUGCCGCGGUGGAGCAGGCGUGGAGUCUGAAGCUAUUGCGCUUCUUGCUGGGCAUGGUGACCGCGGGGAUGUGGCCGGGUAUGGCGUAUUACUUGACUCUAUUUUACCCGCCGUCGAGGACGGGGAAGCGCAUCGGGAUGUACUACACCGCGGCGCAGGUCUCUGCCGCCGUGGUUGGGCUCGUGUCGGCCGGCUUCCAAAAGAUGGACGGGAUAGGGGGGAUCGUGGGGUUUAGGUGGAUGUUUCUCGUCUACGGCGUCGUUACGAUCGCCGUAGGCGUCAGCUUGUUGUGGUGGUUGCCCGAGCGGCCGUUGGCGCCCGGAGAGAAGAGGGAAGAGAGGAGGUGGUGGCUGCGGUGGUUGCCGCGCAGUCCGGAGGCGUUGAGGGGCGAGGAUGCCGUCGUGCAUUAUCAUGACUUGAGGAGGGUUUAUCAUGCAAGGAGGUGGACACUGAGGGAUUUGGAGUUGGUGUUGAUGGAUUGGAGGUUGUGGCCGCUGGUGCUGAUGUAUUUUGGUGUUGUGGGUGUUGGUAUCGGCACGCAGCUUUAUGGCAAUGUCAUCAUCUCUGCUAUCAAUCCCAACUUUACGGGCAUCGAGAUCAGUCUUCUGUUUGCCCCGAUCUGGAUGAUGGACCUCCUCGCCAUCCUCCUAAUCACCCCCAUCUCCGACCGCUUCCACCGGCACCGCGCACUCUUCUUCUCCUGCUCCGUCCUCAUCCAAAUCACCGGCCUGCUCACCGUAACCUUCGCCCUAUCCAACCAUUGGGCCCGCUACGGCGGUCUUCUCCUAGUCGGCUUCGGCCUGGGCCCCACGGUCCCCAUCACCAUGGCCUGGACGAGCGAAAUCUUCCAACGCCGCCACCGCGAGGUGGGCGUCGCCGCCGCGUCAGCCCUCGUCUCCGGACUAGGCAACCUCGGCAGCGUGACUACGACAUACGCGCUCUACACCGGCUGGCCUGAGGACGCCGCCAAGGGCCCGCAUCAGUUCCGGAAGAGUAACCUGACCAUGAUUGGGAUUUUGUGCAUGAGUAUCACGAGUAGUGUGGUCAUGGUGGUGUUGCUGAGGGUGUUUGGGAACGAGCCGAGCAAGAGGAUCAACAGUGGCACUUCUUCGACCGUGGACACGGACGAUGAGUACCAGGAUGGGGCGGCAAGGAGAGAGGUACACCAGAGGGGGUUUGAGGGGUUGUGGUGGUGGAGUAAGAAUUAA